AUGCUACAACGAAGCGGAGGUGAAAUGCAGAGCUGGAAAGUAUUGGUGACAGUUUCAAGCUUGGAAGUAUACCAAGAUCUCCUUCAUCGUAUCCCGAAAUCGAAAGCCCGAUCAUUAUACAUUCAAGUCACAGACGAAGACAAUUACGGUAGCUAUAGCUCGAACACCUUGUUUCAGCGGGAAUUCGAAUUAUUAGCCAAUGUAAUUAUGCAAUGUUCAGAUUUGAUAUCGUUGGAGUUAUGGCUGGAUUCAGAACUUGAAUUUACGUUUGGAACGGAUGUCAAAGCUCAUCCAUUCGCAGGGUGUAGGCUAGAAUCUCUCUCGCUUCACAAUGUAUCUCUCAGCUCGCUUUACAGGGAUGACAGUAUAUUUGAUCUUGUCUCGCAGGCCCGACAGAUUAACCUUUCUGGUUCCGAUAUCGGCACAGAUGCAGAAAUAGUACGAUUGAUCGAUUCAGCAAAAGAUACACUCGAAAAUUGUUCAGUAAAACUCACAGGAACAACAAGCUAUGACAUUGACUUUCGCUCUAUCAACUUACCACGGCUGCGACGAUUGCGUGUAUUCAAUUAUCACGGUUCAUCGUCUACUACCGGCUCGAUGCAAUACUCUCUCACAUGCCCAGAAUUACGUCACCUCAAUCUGAGUGGAAGCCUAUCGCCUCCUUUAUGUAAUGAUCUUCUCACCAGUACAAUCAAUACACUACAUUUGGAACUUGACGAACACCUUUGCAAAUCGACAAGAAAUAUUUUACGAAAUUGCUCAAAUUUAUCGACACUUCGACUUGCAAUUGCUCAUCCAUAUCAAGGUAGAUUCCCUUCAGAGCUCUUAGAGGAAAUCUUGGACGAGCUGGUCGUGCUUCCCAUCAAAGAAUUCGUCUUUCACAGUAUGGUUCAAUCAAAUCUGGAAGAUGAAAAGGUGAUUCUUAACUUUUUUGAGAAACGAUCCAAAGAAGCAGGGUUGGCAAAGAUGAAAAUAUUUUUGCUUCACCGGGAUAUAAUUCUUUCUCAAGACACGCUGAAAGAUCUUUUGCAAUAUUGCGAAGUAGUCAAAUCAUUCGCUAAUGAUGAAGAAGAUUCUACAUAUUCCGAAGGAGACCUCAAGAUUCGUUCAUAUGGCAGAACCAUCGGAAUGUAG